AUGCCGGCUUUACUCGAGCGACCCAAAAUGACCCGAGCCAUGUAUGAGGCUCUUAAACGUCAUAUAAUGCUUGAAAGGGAAAAGAGAAAGCAAGCACAAGAGCAAGAUGCAAUGAUGGAAAGGUUGAGGAAAGAGCGAGAGCUAAGAAAAAAGAAGGAAGAAGAGGACAGUCUAACUUUAGAGCAAACAAAUGAGCAGAUUGCACAGCUCCAAGUAAAACUGGAAAUGCUGAAAAAUCAGAAAUCUGAACUGUUUAUGCAGCUGAAAAAGGUUUUGUACCAGGAAGAUGAAUCUCGACGUAAGGUUCUACAGAAAGAGCAGAGUGAAUCAUUGUUGAUGCAGGCACCGUUCCAUCUGGCUUCACUGGCCACUGUCAGGCAUCCAGCAGUUACACAUGGACGGCCAUCACUGUAUAAACCUACAACUUCAGCCCCGCCAUUGAGUGGUGUCAAGAGAUCCAGAAGCCCUUCUCCAACUCCGUCAUCAUCCUGUUACCAGAUUUACAGUCACAGUGAGCCAAAAUAUCAUCACUCUGUAGAUGCCAAAUAUGCUCGCAUGGAUCCCAAGUUUGUUCAUGCUGAUGCCAAGUAUUUGACCUCAGUUGUUGGUGCUAAACCUGGCCAGGCAGGUUAUUUGUACACAGCACAGCACACCCAGGCAGGGGAUUACAAGGGCUCAGGUUUUCCUCAGCCUGGCAUGAAUCAUCUGUAUACCACAAGCGCAGCAUAUCAGCCACAGACAGCUGCUGCUGCAGUAAGUUCAUAUCCAAGCAGCCAUUCAACUAGCAGCAAGUAUAUUUCAGCCAGCCAGUCAGCAUUCGCUUCCUACCAGAGCCCAUUUGCUCAGUCACAUUCGCAGAAAUCUUUAGCGGAACAGUUUUCAGCUGCUUUUUCUGUUCAAAGAUUGCCUCAGCCAGCCUACCAUACAAGUCUUCAGCUGUCUCUCGAUCAUGUGGGGUCCAAACAGCCUAUCAUAGAGGAGAAGUAUAAACUAGCACAG